AUGCAUGGCUCAGAUGGCGGUAUGGUUACGUACCUGGACGAGGCCAUCUCCAAGGCUGUGCAGUGUGAGAUUUCCCCCAAAGCCUCAGGGUUCUCUCUCUUGGUUCUGUCCUCUUGGAGAGAGAGAGACAGAGACAAGAGACAGACGGUCAGGUACUGGUACCGCACACCAACGGAGCCAGUCCAGCUCAGGGAUAGCCUCCCUCUAGGCUCAGGCCCAGGCGCCCUGCCGACGCUUGUCCAUGCCCCCCGUCGUCUCUUGGCUCUAGUGCGACUCUGCCUUAUCCACCAUGACCUUGGAAGUUCCAUCAACCUCUUUUCUGUCUACGUGGUUGAUGAGCUGCUCCUCUCGAUAUGCACGUGUGAGCGAGAAGGAAGAUGGAGAUGGGACAAGAGAGCUGAAUGUUUGAAACAUUUGGUGAAUGAAGAGAAGGGAUCUACGGGGUUGAGGGUACACAUGGGGGCGCUCUUGGGGUUAGAGUUUGAUAGUGGACUCGUGCCUGGAAUUCGUUUUGGCGACAGUGCCGUAACCGUGAGGACAGGACAGGAAGAGGCGAGGAGAGACAAGAAAAGGUGA